AUGCCGCGACAAAAAAGCUUGCUGCCAGCACCAGCUACCCUCAAAUACGCCCUCAGGAAUACCUUCAGUGUGUGCGAUAUCUACAGCCUGAAGCUGCAACAUCAACCGGGAUAUCGUCACGUGUAUGACCAUUGUCACGGCGUCCACUGCUGCCAGGUGCUCGCUUCCGCCCUCGUGCCAUGCUGGAAAAACUCGCUACAGCAGAGUACCAUGUCCUUUCGGGGUGGACGCGGAGGCGCUCGUGGAGGACGCGGUGGACGUGAAGGUGGCCGAGGUGGUGGCCGUGGCGGUGGUCGUGGCGGUGGUCGUGGCGGCUUCCGCGAGCCCGAGGGACCUCCAGCUUUUGUUGUUGAGCUGGGCUCCUUCAUGCACGCUUGCGAGAACGAGAUGGUGUACAAGAGCACGAACGACAAAGUGCCUUACUUCAACGCCGGUGCCUUCCUGGAGAACAAGACGCGCAUCGGUAAGGUGGACGAGAUCCUCGGCUCCAUCAACGAGGUCAUGUUCACGGUCAAGCCCGACACGGGCGUGUCUGCCUCUUCCUUCCAGAAUGGUGACAAGGUUUUCAUCAGCCCUGAUAAGCUGCUUCCGCUUAGCCGAUUCACGGAAAAGCCUGGCAAGAAGCCCGCAGGUGCCGGCGGACGCGGUGGUCGUGGCGGUGCCCGUGGUGGACGCGGCGGAGGUCGCGGUGAAGGGCGUGGAGGAUUCGGUGGACGCGGAGGCGGCCGCGGUGGUUUCGGCGGACGUGGUGGUGGCCGCGGAGGGGGCUUUGGUGGACGUGGAGGCGGUCGUGGCGGAGGCAGAGGGGGCUUCGGCGGCCGUGGCCGCUAUUAG